CUUUACGUGACGUUACGUAUCAGCUGACGCACGCUCGUGUACCUUUAACCCUGUCAUGGCGCUUGUUCCCACCGCUGGAGGAUCCCAGGAGAGCAGAUUUCGAGAGGAGGAGUUUUCAACAGGAGGCAAACUCCGAGACCGACAAACACAGGAACAAGGAGGUGAUCAGAAUCAAUACAACAUCGAUGUUUUUAACAGAGUUACGUCCGUCCAAACUUUACGGUAACAUUUACCGGGUUCAGAAGAGUAGGGGAGACCGGGGUUUGUUGUCAUUCUGAAGUACAUAACUUAUGGUUAACCCUAGAACAAUAUCGCUAAAAUUAGUAACUCCAUCACUAUCGCUGGGUGAUUUUUACCCGAAAUAAUAUACCCAAGAAAAAGCACUUGUCAUCAACAUAUAUCAAAAUAGGACAAUACAUGACAAAUGAAAGUAGUUUUCUUUCAUUUUAAGUGUGCAGUGUCUAAAGGGAGGGAAAAAAAGUGCCAUAUAUAUAUAUAUAUAUAUAUAAAUAGUAUAAUAUAUGUAGAUACCAGUUCUUUGUGGUAGCCAUUAUCAUUUAUAGUAUUUGUGUAUUGUGUGGAUGAAUGGCGAGGGGGUGAAUGCUUUACCCUCAAUCACUAUUGCUUUGUGAAAAUCACCCUGUGAACACGUGCCUGUAGGAAAAAGCAGGUUUUGGAUCAGGGAAACAAAUAUGCCUUCAAAGAUGUCAAAGGCAAUACUGAAGCUACCCAGAGACCCAUGAUACUUAGACAAACGCAAUAUCAUGAAAAUCCCGUAAACAUAUUUGGUCAGGUGAAAAUCACCCGGCGAUAGUGUUCUAGGGUUAAUAAAUCUUUCAGUGGUAAUUCCUACAUUGUCUUACCAGAAUAAACUUAUAGUUAGGUUACAUGACGAGAACAGAGCUGUGAGAAAAUCAAGUGAAAUUUUAACAUCACUUUCAUAUAUAUGUGAACAGUUAUAGAAGGUUUUUGGCCUCUUCUUGCAGCUGUUUUAAACUGAAAAGUUUCCCUCAUUAUAAAUUUACGGAUCACUUUGUUUGAAACAUCACUAGAGUUGCCCUUAAAUUACGACCGUGAGUGCUACAAGUCAAGGAGAGAGACUUUAGUUUCUGAAGCUAUAAUCUAAUAAACAUACAGACACAAGGGCCGUGUUUUUUUAGUUGGUGAUAGUGGUGUUUUUUUGUUUCACAGGACUGGGGCAUGUGAACAUGGAGGAGGCCAAGGAUGGAGGUCAGUCCUCAUCACCUUUGACCUCUGUAAUACAUUAAUCUUUUCACACACAGGGAAUCCACCGCCCAAAAACACUAAAUAAGAUGCUGCCAGCUACAGUUUUCUUCUCUUGGUUUUUCAACAUAACUUCAUUAGCAUUUAUUGCUUUCACUGCCCAUCUUUCCCAAUUUUGAUCUGGGUGUUGGAGGACAAUAAAGCUCAUAUGGUUGAUUAUUUAACAUAAUUGGUGGGCAUGAAUUGUGGAAUGAGUGCAUAUUGUGAAGGGUUUCUUAAACAAGUGCUCAUAUUUUCAUUCAACCACAAGUUCCUAUAGUUUUUUUAAGAAAAGCUCAUGCUGCUUUUGUCCUUUAUCUGUGAGAUAUAAAGAUAUACAGUAUCUGUCUCUGUUAAUCAAAUCUUUAAAAUCUAUUAAUAGACGAGGACAAAAUGACUAAAUAGACUCUUUAUGACUGCGUCCUUUCUGGAAAGUUUCUGAAAGCCUUUUAGAAAUGGAAGAUGAGAUAAAAAUGUGAAUAUUCGGGGUGCCAAAUGAUGACAGCUUUGUUCGUUUUUAGAGCUUCCUUUCUCCAACUCACCAAAGUCUCUAGUUCUUUAUGUAAAUUAAAAAUGUAAAAAUAGCAGUGUGCAUGAAAGCGCACAGUUUGACUGUCCUCUGCAGUUUCCAGGCAACACAGUCAAAAGAAGCAGCCUGCACUUAAACACCUCUCAGAUAGUGACAUCACCAGCACAGGCUAAAUUUACCAUCAGACACUGAAAGGCACAAAAAGUACUAUAAUGCAUUUCCUCUCUGUUAUGUGAUCAGUAAUAGUGUCAUUAAAGAGACAGUUCGUAUAAAAACCUAAGCACUGUUUAUGGGUGAUUUGUUCUUAGUUUAGUACACGGCGAAGCACAUAUAUUCACACCAACAGAAAUCAUGUAGCAUUGUCCAUGUGUUAGAUACAUUUAUCACUAAAAAACAUUUUAUCUUUAAAAGGACUUACCAAGAAACCCAAAUAAAGGUGAACCAGAAGGGGGCGCCAUUUACCCAUGUAUAAAUUACAAGCCUGGAACUUAAUCAAGAGAGGAGAAACAAAGUCCUGUGAGGGGAUAUUCGAAAUAAAAGACAUUUAUAGUAUCUUUAUAAAGUAGUUUGAAAUUCAAAUGACUCUUUAAUAACAUACUUAAAAUAAAGGAUGUAUAAAAUGCAAUAAAACAAACUUUGAUGGUUUGCAAAUCCCCUACAGCCCAUAUUUAAUUUAAAAUAGAGCGAAGACAUCAAAUCAAUCUGACACAAGAGGAGCUGAAAAAGGAGUUUGUCCUGAGGGUGGUGCUAAAGAUGGUUCCUGGAUUCAUUAGAUUCACAAGGUUUUCCAUUUAAUGGAGGGAUAAUGAGCCCUUUGAAUUUGACAGGAAUCUGCUCAUUAUGACCUGAGUUAGGAAAAGAAAUGAAAGGUUUUGACCUGAGGGUGGGUGAAGCUGUAAGCAGUCUAACCAUAUAAAUUUUAAUUUUUUGUCUUUCAAAUGAUAGUUUUAGAGAAAGGGUGCAACUGUGGAGCCCCUAAAGUUCAACAAAGGUGAUAUUUAAUGUCUUUUGUACACAUGGUUAGUCAUUUUGGAAGUGGAUGUAAGCGAUGAUCCACUACAAUAGGCUAUAAUCUGGCACCUUUGGCACCAGAACCCUGAGGUAUGCUGGUUAAAUCGUGGUCAACUCCUCUCACCCCAGACCAGAAAUUUAUAGUAGUAAUGAGACCAAAAAAGAUACUUGGACACAAACAGCUAGAAGGAUGCUUAUUUUAAAUUAAUCUAGCAUUUAGUACUUAAAUCAUCCCAGCAGAGAGCGCUCAUGUAACAUCAUUAAAUCCCAAAUGCUUUCUGCAGGGCUCCCCUUUGGUAAAUGAAAAAUUUCCAGUGCCCCCCUUUAUUCACCAUAGAUAAAAUCAUAUCAAUAUAUGAGAAAAUACUAUUGGACCAUCCCUUUACACUAAACUCUUGUGCCUUCAGAGUAAUUCGGGGCAUUGCCAACUUCAGUGUGUGGUAAUAAACCACUUCUGUAAAACAAGCAAGUAGUAGAGACAGGGAAAUGUGCAACCGAUUAAUUUUUAAUGUUAGGGUUGGCACACCAUUGGUAAAAGAAUCAGAUGAUUUUCACUCAUUCUAGCUAGAUUCUCAUGAAGUCUCUAGCUGAAAUAAAGCUCUGUGUGGACAGUAUUUUCUCAGGGUGCUAUACAGCCAGUUUCCUCCUGCUGUACACAAUGCCUAAUGCACCUGAAAAACAAAUUUAGUUUUAGUGCACAAAAGGGUGUUCAAAAACUACAGUUAUCAACAAAACAGAAUAACAGUAGUAAUCCCAAAGGUUUCAAUAUUUAUUUAGUUAUGCACAUCAUCAUAAUUCAGAUUUCAUAAUGUUUUUACAGGGUCUCAAAACACAGUUGAGUAUUUAUAAUCCAGUCAGGUAACAAUGAACGAUUGUUUGAUCAAAUGAACAUCAGGAGAGCAGGUUAGCUGGAGUUCUUGGCAAACAUUUUUGUCAUUUAUUAAGUAUCAUUACAGACAAAUGAUCAUGAUGAAGUGUUGAAUAAAGGGUCAGAGGUCUCCUCAUGUCAGUAUUGAUCAGUAUUUGGACCUAUACACACUCAUAUUAAAAUGUCACUCAGUAUAGUGAACUGAAGUGUUAGACGGAUGACUGACUGCUCACAGGGCAGAAACCAUAUACCCAUCAUGCCCCUCAUUAUCCCAGCUGGAGAGGAGUCUGAUAGCCUCAGCGGCAUGCCUCAGAUGAUUAGUGUAUGGUACAGUGCUCUGUGAUAUUGUCCUUUACAUAAUGUUUCAAUCACACAGGCCAUGAGGCUCUGUUGCUGGUAACUGGUCCAUGCUCUGAUGUCUAUGCUCUGAUGGCCCCUUGGACUGUGUCCAAAUCUGCCAAUACAGCUCCAGUGUUGUUGUCCCCCUGGAGACCUUUGGACCUCCCACACAGGGGCCUCUAUAAUUUACCAUCUUAUCAUUCAAACAGAGAUGACUGCUCUCUCCUGUGUAUAAGAAUAUCCGUAACACCAGCAUAGAGUUUACCUUAAGCAUGUAAAGAAGCAUAAAUAAGUCAAAGUAUGUUACUGUAAGUUAUGGUAUGUUAGAGUAUGUCAAAGUAUGAUACAUUACAAUGUGAUGUGGAGUUUAAUAACGUACAAUAUGAUACCAUACAAUAUUAAACAACACAGUAUGUGAGUGUAGGUUUCAGUGUGGUGUCAGGAGGAACACAACUACAGUAAAUAAUUGAACUGAUGAGAAAAGAUAUGAUACAAAUGAUAUGAGAGUUUGUGCAGCUGUGACAUGAUACAUUUCAAUGAGAAGGGUUCAUUAUGAUACAUUUGAGCAUGGUAGUGUGAUACAGUGUGAUACUUAUACAGUAAUCUAUUGCAUAAACGGAAUAUAGAACAUGAUACAGCUGACUAUAUGAUAUAUAAUACAAAACAUGAUAAAUAAUAAAAUAUGAUACUAUGAUAUGAUAUGAUAAAUAUUACAAUACAUGAUAUAUGAUAUGAUAAUAUAACACUAUAGGAUAUAAAUUUACAAAGUAUGAUAUGAUAUGAUCCAUAUUACAAAACAUGAGAAAUGAUAUUAUACGAUUCAAUAUGAUAUGAUACCAUAUUAAAUAAAUUUACAGAAUAUAAUAUGAUAUAUCUGAUACAACUCAGCACUGUACAAUACUUAAUAAUAUGAUAUCUGUGAUCUGCAAAGUUAUUAUUUGAUAUGAUAUGAGACAGCACAGAAAAUUACUUUUACCUUGUUUGACACAAAUGUGGAAUAAAUUGAUAUUUCACAUUGUAAAUCUAAAUUUACUGCUUAUCCUGAGAGUUUAUCCUCUGUAACUAUAGGCAGUUUUGUUACGAGGAGCUCCAAAGCUUAAGUUCAGGCCGUUGGGUAUGAUGUGAAACUUCCCCUGUUCUUCUCAUCUGUCCUCAACCAACCCUUAAAUCUGCUGACAGGCAGUGUGGAGGUUUAGAAAGUGGGCCAGAGGACGUCCACUCCAGAUGUGUUAAACGGACCGAUGAGCUGACCCAGUCAGAGGCACGGCACUUAAGGAGUUAGUUCUAGAAAAGGCAUCAGUAGAGAAGUAUGGGCUGCCCUUCAUGUCUCUGUAAAGUGUUGGUACUUUCAUGACAGCAGCGCUCCGCUCCACUCCACUCAGCUCAACUCCGCCCCGCGUCUCCCAAACUCUGCCUGAACUUUCUUUAUUGGAGCCUGUGCGCCACUCUCCGCUAACCUGGCCCGGACAGACCGCAGGACUGCUCGACUGCUCCUCAAACACGAACAAUGAGUUGGCAGGAGCGAGGAUGGCUGGUCUGUGCCACUUUUCUUGGAUUUGUGGCGUUGGCGCAGAGCAUAACGCGAGAGCAGCUUAUUCCUCACGGCCCGAGCGCAGGAGACCAGACACUGGAAGCUGGGACUGACCAGACGCACAAACUCGAUCUGGACAAGCCCGUGCUGUUUUACGAUGGCUCUUUCAACAGCAUCUUUGUAAGUAACCCACAACGGUCUUCACAUUACAUAUCACUACAAUUUCAUAACGGACGCGUGGGAUUCAUUGGUCACGGUUUACUGUCCGUCGAUUUUGCGCAAUUGCGCACAUCCUGGAAACCCAGAGUUUUACGAGGAAAUGGGUCAGUAGUUCCAGCCUGAAACAAUGCCUCAAAACUACAGAGUGUGUCUGGGAUAAGUUAUGACCUCUUCUUUCUCUCUGUACUCACUGUAAAUAUUGAUUAUUCAUCAGAGACUGAGGCAGCUGAAUCUGGAGGAAUGUAUAUGUGCACGCAUUCUUACAGCCUCCCCUGAGGUUAUCAUCUUACUGUUGACACAAAGACCAGAGUACUCGAGGAAUAUCGUAGUGCAAUCCAUGCCAAAACCUUCACUGAUAACAUCAAGUAACAUCACUGUGGACUAAGAGACACCCUAUAUGAACUAAAUAUGCACUUUAAAUAGUCAAAACCUCCCAAAUCUAAACAACACAGCAGAAUGAAAACCGUAAACUGACUUGAAGACUUGUUUUUGUGAGUUUCAGUGACUUUGCGGGGCUUCAUGAUGCCUACAAAGGAAAAUAUCAUCAUUUCAGUGGGUGUUGGACUAUUGUGUUGGACAAACAAACAGCCUUUUAUUCCCUGUGAUUCUCCUUUACAAUGAGAAGUGCUGCAUCCUGCUUUUAAUUGUGCUGCAUGUGGAAAGUAAACUAUCAUAGGCUGAUUACAUGCAGGAGCUAUUUCCCUUCAAACAGGAACUCAGCAUCAGCCGAAUAUGGUCUAUAAUUUUUUUUAAAAAGGUCAGUUAUUGAGAAGAAGUGGUUUUACAGAGAAUUAAAGUUUGAAUUUGUUAUAUUUUCGCCAAACCUGUCGAAGAAAACUUGGUCAGUAUAGGUCUGCCAAGGUUGGAGUAAACUCUGCUUACUGUCAUCGUGUAAAACUGUGGAGUAAAUUUCAACUCCUGUAAGUUCAACACCCCUGUCACCCUCACUCCCGCGUCAACUGUCGACCUGUUUAUUUUAAAAUGUAUAAUAUAAUUUGAUGACUUGUUUUGAAUCACUCCCCAGCAUACCUUUCAAUACCGUUGACCCUGACAGUCUCUGCAGGUUGUCUCCAGGCCUCAGCUGAAACUCAGGGGUGGGUUGUCGGCCCCCAUCUACCCUCUCCAAUCAGAUCCAAUUCCAAAGACCCUUUUUCCUUUCUUUUUUUUUUUUUUACUGGCCUUUAAAAUAAGUGAAAGUGCACAGACUAAAGAGCUUUGAGCAGAGUGAAUGAGGGCGUGUUGAGCUCCAUUUUGCUAAUUAAGCGACGCACAGUUUGGUUUCUGAGUGACAUAUAUGGUGCAAAAAGGUUGGAUUAAGUCUCUUAAUAGUUAAAGUCAUGAUUCAAACUGAUCAGAGUGACUGCUCUCAUUCCCUGUUAGAGUCCAAGUGCAUCUUUCAUGAAGGCCUGUUGCUAUUUUCAAGAUAGAUUUAAGACUUUUUACCGACUUAAACAGGGUUGAACCAUCAUAUUUAACUUCUGUUGUGCCUUUAAACAAUGCAGAAAACACACACGGGCGAGUUAUGUCAACGUUAGCAUUAAAACAGAUGAUUGAAACAGAAAUGUAACUUCAUUAAGGGUUUGAAACACAGGACAUGCUGACAGUAUCAGACUGAAUCUAAGUAUGACUCACAUCCUGUGCUCUUUAAACUAGAGAAAGUUGGACCACCCUUUCCGUAUUUUUGCUGCUGGAUCACAUGGUUGUAUUUUGUUUUUUUUCUGUAUUUGUUCAGUCUUAGUUAAUACCUAAGGGCAUUAUGUUAGGAGUCAAGGGUUUAAGGUUUGUUUCCUCAGUGUCUGUUUCUGUAAAUGUUUAAGAGGGUGUGCAUGAUGGAGAGCUUGAUGAGGCUUCGACCUGCAGUUUUUAACUGUGCCAGGCUUUAGUGAAACAGGUGUAUGGUGUCCUUGUCUUUUGGCAUCCCUAGAUCAGCCUCACACUAAAAUCAGAAGAGAAAUAAAGUCAUAAAGAAGUCAAUUUGCUUGUAUCGCCAGAAUGACUGAUAGUUUGUUGAGAGCAGAAGUGCUGCUGUGUCUCUCUGUGGUCAGCUCACACUGUUUUUAAAGUGCUGUAUAAGUUUGACUCGAUGAUGAACAGAUCAAGAGUCAUGUUUAACAAAUAACUCUGAGUUUAGAUGUGUAGUUAAGUAAAUUUGGGUUUCCCCGGAGCUGAAUUCCUCUAAGUUCCUCCCACAAUCAGCCAAAAUGUCCCUAGGAUUUUUAUUUCUAUUUAUGAGACAGUUUAUUCUGAUCUGUCUGUGCCCUGCAGGGAAACAGUAAUGCUUUUCACACCAAGAAAACCUCUUCUCGGAUCAUAAGGAGGCUAAACCGUCUCCUCAAAGUGUGAUUCAUAUUCCAUAAAGCCCUGGCAUGUCUGGGUUCUUACCAAGAAACCUCCCCGCAGUAUCAGAAUCCCUGAUCAUUUUCCCAGCUUGCUCUUUCUCCCAUUUUGGCAGGAAGUUUCGGUAAUGAAGAUUAGCGUGCAAUCUGUGGGCUCUCUGGGGCAGUUCAUGGAUGAGGACAGGAAACAGAGUGGCCCGGGCCAGGAAUAGUGCUCUUGUUUUCUCCUGGUCAGGAAGUGAGGGAGCCCCAUGUGCAGAGUGUGUGUUUUUGACAAGAGCCCAGAUUUUCCCUUUUUACCAGCCCCGCAUGUGUGUUCAUGUAAAGUGCGUAAAAUCUGUGUUAAAUGGCGUCCUGUUGGUUCAUUAGAGCUUUUGUAGGACAUGGCAUCUGACCCGGAUCGUUAGUGUAAUGAGUUUGAAUAAAGAUGAAAGUGGGACAGACUGUAGCGGGUCCUCCUCUCCUGUAAAACUCUCCCUCGUGUGUUGGUACGAGAGGUGGCAAAAAACAUGCAUGCUUCAUUUGAGAAGAAAAUAAAGAUAGUUGUGUGUAAGAAAGACUCCAAAGAGCGAGAACCAAAAUAAAAGAGUCAAAAACUAACAGUGCUACUAACCUCAGUGCUCCAUCUCCAGAGUUAUACAAACAUUAGUACUUACUCACUUGGACUACUGAACUGUGAUAGAAGAGCUAACAUCCACAAAAUGCACGUGACAUUAGGGCUGGUCAUUGGUGAAAGAGAGGAUUACUGUGUCUCUGUUUUCCUUCUUCAGACAAAUUUUCGUGUCUAAAAGGCCAAAUGUUUUGUUUAAUCAAUUGCUGUUCAGUCGUAAUAGUCUUAAUUUCAACACAAGGCAUGCAUCAAGUGGUUAUUUCACACUUCCACACAGCAACACUAACUCUGGACAGCGUACGGUCGUGUUCAGAUGUAUGAAACAUUACAAGGUUAACCAGUAAACAUGUAUUUAAAAAGAAGGUAGACCAAUAUCUAUUGACCCAGAUUCACUGAAAUAAGAAACAGAACACCUAGACUAGGCUGUGACAACAUACAAUACAAGCCAAUGAGAUUUUGAUUACGAGUACAAUCAUCUUGGCCUUUAUUGGUCUUUUAAUUGAAAUUGUAAUGUCAUCAUCAUAACUCUUGUUUUAGUUAUGAUUUUAACAUCUUGUAUAAUUCUCCUAUCUGGACUCUUAUCAUUUUAAUGAAUACAAAUGUUUAUUGUCUUCUUGUGGAGCCCAGGAAGAGUUGCUGCUGCCUAGGUAGUAGCUAAUGGGAAUCCAAAUAAAUAAAAAUGUCUCUUAUUCUGAAAGGGCAUUUAUCAGAUUAACACAUCAAUCAAGAAAAGGGAGGCUCGUUUAUUGAUUCAAGUGGUCAUUUCAAAAUUCACAGACCAUACACUGUGAAAAUGUGAAAUGUGGUGUAACAGAGAGUCUAUUUAAGAAAUCUUUUAAGCGGUGCGGUGCUCAGAUCACAUAGAGUGUCUACCAGGAGAUACGAUUGUAGAAGACUGUUAGUAUCAACCAAAAUCCUACAUAUUCAUUUAGGGGGGAUCAGCGACUCCAACAUGUGACUCCAGGAUCUGGAAUCAAACUGUCAAACUUUUGGUUAUCAGACGAUUAAUGGGUUAUUACCAACCUUAGGGGUUAAUAAUUGCAACAGUUCCAAAAACUACAGUUCCUCAAGUGUCCACUAGAAGGUGCGAGCCCCAAGCCUCAAUGGGGCCCUAAGCAAAAUCUGAUUUUGGGGCCCUCUAUUUCUGUUAAUAAUAUUGAUUGUUGAUCAUUCACACACCUUCACAAAUCUCUUUGAUUAGCAGAAUUAAACAUGUUUACAGCCUGGUACACAAAACUGUCCAAUUCUUUUACUUUUAUACAUUAUAUGAUUGAUGAUGUUUUUCAUGACCCAUCAGUUUUAAAAUUAUGUCUGUGUUUGCAUAAUUAGGGGUCUGGCUGAGUUGCAUGAUGGGAUGGUGUCAUGUACCGUGUGUCUGUGUCUCCAUUGUAAUAAAGUUAGUUUAAGUUCACAUCUCAGAGAGUCAGCUCUUUAUGUGUUGUUGUUGUUCCGUCAUGUUGGUUUAAAUUUGCUUUGGAUGCUGUAGAAUAAAAAUGGCUCCAUUUAGAUGGUCCAAAGCUCUUGUUACAAACCUGUAAGGACUAGAAAGUGCUGAUAUUUGUGUUGAAAUGGUAUUAUGUUUCCUCUCAUAUCAGAUCCUCUGUUAUAAUGAUCUCACCUCUUUUUAUUCACAUCACUGACUUGAGCUUUUUCAUUUCAGAUCAACACCAACGGUUUUGUUGCCACAGCAAAGCCAUCAAGCGAGUCGACAUAUCUUGGCAAAAUGCCCCCGAGUUUUGGCAUGAUCGCAGCUCUGCAGGGAAACUAUGACACCAGUGACGGUGUGGGGCAAGUCUACUUCCGUCAGGACUCCAGCCCCGAGGUCCUGUCUCAGGCCUCCAACAUCAUCAGCGGCGCCUUCCCUGAGGACGAUGUGGUCAAUCCUACUCAUGUGGUGGUGGUCACCUGGUCAAAUGUGGGAUCUCAUGUUCCAGAAACAGAAGGUCAAACUGUAAAGAAGGUGAGUGUCACAUUAUUGUUGUGUCUCCAUUUUCUGUUUGUUUAGUUUGAGAAGUAUAGACUGGUCAGGUAUCAGCAGGUUUUAACGUAUGUAUGGAGAGCAAAAGCAGGCAGAACAUAACCCUUGAACAGUUUGCCGUUGUUCCCAGAGUCACAUCAGUAGUAAGGUGAUGAUAUCAGAGUAAUGAAGGUGGAGGUGGUCGUUCCUAAUCUCGUAUUUUUCCCCCUCACAGAGAAACACCUUCCAGCUGGUUAUUGCAAACCUGGAGACAAUGUCGUAUGCCAUCGUCUUGUACGCCCAUGACGGGGUGCAGUUUGUGUCCUCACCUGCAGGACGUAGCUAUGCGGUCCUGCAUGCGGGCUUCAGUCAAGGUCUGGUUCGGGGUUUCCUGUUUUCCAGGCAGGGGCCAUACUACAGGAUCACCACUGAGGAGGAGGACUCUGUCAAAGCUCUGUCAAAGUAAGUCAGCCAGUGGAUCCAGACUGAAGGAUGAAUUUUAUGUAUGAAGUUUUUCUCAACUCAUUUUUUUCCUCCUAGGGAGACGAACUCUGGUAUUCGAGGUGUUUGGGUGUACGAGAUCGGAACUUCUCCAUAUUUCACCAACGUGGCUCCAGGAGAGGUCACUGACGUGCUCUCUGAGGGGAUACCACUAGAACUCCCUGAGGGGGAUAAAAGGAGGCUGGUGCACAGUAGCGGACAGCAGGUAGAGUACCCUACGUUUGAAGGAGGACAGAUCCAAGUCCACCCGGUUCAGUACCAGCCUCGUCAGCCGGUGGAUUCAGAGGUGGUGGUGGUGGAUGACACGGACAUUAACGUAGACGGUGAGUCCACUGGAGAUGUUAACACUUUAAACACUUACCAACAUUCAAGCCGAUCAGAAUGAAGUUUAUAGAAAUUUACACCAGACUGACUUGCAGGAGAAACAAAGAAAACUCCUUUGACUUUUCUGGCUUUAUAGAUAUAAAUGCCGAGGUUUCUCUGUAUAGUUAAUCGGGCAGAUGAUGGUCCACCGAUGAGUCAAGUUCAGCUCAAGUUUUCCUCUGGUUUAACAAACAUUUGAAAAAAUAUUUUCGAUCUUUUCUCCCAGUUUCUGCAUGAGUUUAUAUUUGAUCAUAACCAGCAGCUGAGCCUUCUUUCCAGGUCUACACAGAUUACACUCAUUAGUCAGGUUGUGCUAAAGAUUUCUGCCUGUUACAUUUGGAGUUUUUCCAUUAAUCUUUGAAAUGCUUUGUCACCAUGACUGGGGGAUCAUGUUUUGCUCUUGAACUGUUCUGUAAUUCUUAAUUCUGCCAGUAAAGGCAGAUGGCAGUCCACUUCUUCGUCUUGUCUUACUUGAGAUUUCUUCCUGUGAAUCUUUUAAAUGUUUUGUCACCAUGACUGGAAGAUCAUGUUUUGCUCUUAAAUUGUUCUGCAAUUUCAAAAUUUCCCCCUGUGGGACUAUUUAUGAAAUUUAUUAUCUUCAUUCUUAUUACUGCCAGUAAAGGCAGAUGGCAGUCCACUUCUUUGUCUGGUGUUACUCGAGAUUUCUGCCUGAUGAAAUAAACCUUUUGCUUGAUGCCGUUGCGCGGAGUUUGCAUGCCACCAAUAAGAGCUAUUUUCUUAGUCAAAAAAGGCAUGACUAGGUUUCUUUCUAAACUGUAAAUGUAAAUUAACUGAUUGUUCUUUUCAAUCAAUCAAGUUUUAUUCAUUUAGCGCCAAAUCACAACAGUCGUUAUCCCAAGAUGCUUUCAGGUCUGGACCACGCUCAGUGUUUGAUGAAUAACCAAGACCCGACCUUAAGAUGGGACAGAUUUGACCCAUCUUAUCCUACAUGAGUGACAGUGGCAAAGAAAAACUUCCUUUUAACAGGCAGAAACCUCGAGCAGGACCUAGACUCCUGUUAGACAGCCACCUGCCGCUGUCUCUUACCGCUCCUCUCUGUGUUUUCAGUUUUCUCGUACAACCUGGGGACUUGUGCGAACAACAGGAAUAAGUGCUCACAGUUUGCUGACUGUAAAGACUACUCAACUGGAUACUGCUGCCACUGCAGACCUGGAUUUUACGGCAACGGGAUCCAGUGUGUGGCAGAAGGUAAGAUUACACACGUGUCAAAUCGCACUUUUUUUCAUCUAUGGAUGCAAAACUGAUAAAGAAACCGCUCCAAGAAGAUGGAAACAGGGAAUGGGAUGUGGUUUGAUGCAUCAAGUAUGUUCUUGUGGUGAAUUUUAAAAAGUUGAUAAGAGAUCUAGACAGAAAAGAAAAUCCUGUUUCGUAAAAUUUCUUUAAGAACGGGCUUUAAAUGUAGAUGCCAAAGUUUGCAGUUUAUUGCAGGCUUUCUCUUUGGGUUUACUCUGUGGAUAAAACUUUCCCUGAAAUUAAAUCUCCAUGAGUCACUCAUGGCCAUUAACUCCAGACAUCAGCACCUGUCAAAAACUGAAGGAAAACAAGGAUUUGGGGAUAAUCAGAAAUCUUUACCAUCUUUUUUCUUUUGCAGGAAAGCCACAGAGGAUGAACGGUAAAAUGUACGGGAAGGUACACGUUGGCAACUCUCCUUCCCCAGUAGAGUUUUCCAGCAAUGAUCUGCACUCGUACGUCGUGGUAAACGAUGGUCGGUCAUAUGUGGCCAUCAGCGACAUCCCCUACACCCUGGGGCCCUCGCUGCAGCCCCUCUCAGCCCUCGGUGGUGUGAUCGGGUGGGCGUUUGCCUUGGAGCAGCCUGGCUUCAAGAACGGCUUCAGUAUUAUUGGUGAGGAUAAACAUUUCUACAAAUGCACCAAUAAAAUUAGAUUAUCUAGCACCCAGCUGUUUAGAAAAUAGAAUAGUUUACAUUCUUGUGUGAUUUCUGUCACGCUGUGCUUGGUUGAAAAUUUGACUUUUCAGGGACAUAAAUCUUCCUCGAGCGUUUUGCCACACAGCUGCAGCAUUACUCAGCCUGUCCAGCUGAAUAAUUCCCCUCACAUUACCUCAGCCGAGACCCGAGCCGGAAAGCCAAAGUUCAUCCAGGGCCAGGGUCUCAAAGUUAACCUCUUCGUCUCCGUCCUCUGUAGGGGGGGAGUUCACACGGCAGGCUGAGGUGACCUUUCUGCCGGGAAAUGAGAAACUGACCAUCACGCAGGAGUUCAAAGGCAUCGACGAGCACGACCACCUGGCGGUGAGCACCACCAUGGAGGGUCGGGUCCCGGAGGUGCUGCGGGGCUCCACCGUGCAGAUUGACCCCUACUCUGAGAUCUACCAGUACAGCAACAACCGUAAGAUGAAGCUCGAAGACAGGAACUGGGAUGUUUCUCAUGUUUUCUGCAUGUGGCCGAACCCUCUCAUUAAAUAUCAAAUCCUGCUCUCAUCAUCUUAACCGUCGGUUCCUGUUAGUUUUAAACUCCAUCCAGCCGAAUUUGUCCACAAAACAGACAUGCAGUAAGUGUUCAUAAAAUAAUCAUUUUUUAACAUUUUUUAAAAACUUUUUUCAACUCCUAGUUCUUAAAAUACUUCAGCCCUGAUCAUUAAAAGAUAAUGAAUAGAAAAUUCAGAGUUACACCCUUCUUAUGCCAGGUUUUGUGCGCCAUGUCACUGCUAUUUUAAAUGGUAUAAAGCACAAAAUUGCCAUAUUUCCCGUAUAAAAUGACCUAGAUGGAUUUUUUACAAAUAAAAAGAGUCUGGGUCAUGUAGAUGAUGAGUAGUAAAAUCGAUUUUUGGUUCAUUGGAAUUCUUUUUGUCGUGCCAGUUUUUCCCGUGCACACACGCAGGAGCACACACACUUUUCCUUACACACAUAAACUCUACUCUUAGACAUCCAUAUCUAGUGGAAUUUAAAGUUUCAUUUAAUUCUAAUAAUGUGUAGUAGAUGAAUCAGCGUUUCUAACACUCUCAGUUUAUGAAUGAAGACUUGCGUGCGCGGCACAGAAAGGGUUAAAAUGAUGUGCGGCUCAAUCUGUUGUCACUGUGGGAAAGUAAAAUUUAGAGCCCUGAUGGUCGACUGACUGCAAGAAAAGGGUUGUAAUAUGUUGUUAUGGUACCGUAAACACACGGUCAAAAAACGUGUUUUUAAUGGAAGUCUAUUGUCCAAUUUGAGGACAAAGUAGGGUGGGUGGAGCUAAAAUACGGUGACAGAGAACUACAGGUGACACAGGGAUUUAUUUAUUAAUUUUCAUUUUUUAAUAUGAAGAAAAAUAAGAUCUCUCACCAGAUUUGAUGUCCCAAUCUUUAAAAAUGUGACUGUCAGCUCAAAAUAAAGAUGAAAAAAAUGACAAAUGUCCUCAAAACAGACAUAGUAGGAACCGAGGGGGUUAAGCAGGGACAUUUUUUUCUGCAUGUACUAAAAGUUUCAUUCUCUCCAACUGAAAGUGAAAUAUACGUCUUCAUUCAUAUUGAUAAAAUCCUUGAAUUCGACUAAACUCUUGAAUUAUUUCCUCACGCAGUCUCUCUCAGCUUCUCUUGAAUGUCUUCUUUACUGUUACUAACUUGUUGCAAAUCAACCUCAUAAAUUAUAUGUUGCUCCAGUUUCUCUUUUUUAUUAAUUUCAAGACUUUUUCAGUGUUUCUGCUCUUACUGUCCCAAAAUCUUUCAAACUUGAUUCAUUCAGGGAACAAUAAAAGUUUCUGUCUGCCUUGAUUGAAGGUUCCUGAUCUCAGUGAGACUCCCAGUUUUAAGAAAAAUCCUCAUGUAUUUUUGUUUUCUUCCUCCUCAAACCUUCACAGUGAUCACCUCCUCCUCCACCCGGGACUACGUGGUGAGCUUACCUGACGGCUCCACGGAGACCAGGACGUAUCAGUGGCGUCAGACCAUCACCUUCCAGAGCUGCCAGCACAACGAGGCCAUGAGAGACAUCAAACCCACUCAGAUGCUCAGGGUGGACCAGGUCUUUGUCAUGUACGACGCCAAUAAUGAACUCAUCCGGUUCGCCAUGAGCAACAAGAUCGGUGAUGUCAACGGUGAGGUUAUUUUUUGUCUUCCUGUUUUGUCUGCGCUCUCUUCCUUCCCGGAGUUUAACAUCCUGAACAAAGACGACUCAAAGUUUGGUCUAUUGUUAGAGAGUCGACAUGUUUUCUAAUUGAGUGAUUGAUGCUGCUGUAGUAAAUUAGUUUUAACAAACACGCCCUCAUCUCUCAUCAGGAGGGCAGCCCGAGGAGAACCCGUGUUUCACCGGGAGACACGGGUGUGACACCAGCGCCGUGUGCCGACCUGGAGAGGGGACGCAGUUCACCUGUGAGUGCGCUGCAGGAUUCAACGGGGAUGGACGCACAUGUUAUGGUGAGAAUGACAUCAGUGAUUGCACAUCAGAACUUUUCUGUCCAUCAAGACUGCUGCACCUCCGAUUCGCCACUCUCUAAACUGAAGUAUCUACGAAAGGGUAACAAAAAUCCAAGGAAGCCCCGAGAUAUUAAGACCAAGUACGUUUCAUGAACCAGGCUGUGAACAUGCAAAUUUUUGCUUGAAAAAAUCGGCUCUUUGAAAAAGUGUGUAUGUGGUUUCUGCAGCCAGCCUCAAGUGGACACUCAAGGUACUGCAUUUUUUAGCAUUUCAACAUUUGCUUCAUUUCACGAAGUUGCCACUUGGUUCGUUUACACUCAUGUAGAGAAAUCUUUGCUGUCGUUGGUUAAUAUCGUUGGGGUGAGGGAACAAAUCGUAGAGGACGGGGAGGAAAAUCAAACAUGUUAGACUUCCUGUUGUCCAAGAGUGUCGUUCACCAUCACACCAGACAAAACCACUUGUUACUGACCAAUCCAGACACCAAACUGUUGUCCUGCUUAAAUUGUGCUGUCUGAUGUCGGCAUUACGCAACUUGAGGAUUCAAGAACAGCCGAGCACUUAACAGCUCAAGUCGGAUUCAGGGCACCUGGUAUGUGUUAGGCAUGGAUAAUGUCUAACACAGUUAAUGGUGCUGCAAAUAAGAUCAGAUUUCAUGUGCUUUCAGAGAGGUGCAGCUUUUUGAGAAUGAGUAAUAAUUCCUUUUUGCGUUUGUUUGUGUGUGUAAAAAACCAUCUCACUCACAUCUGUGUUUAUAAGGCAGAUUAUCCUCGUCUGUUUGGGUCAAAAUAUCAAAUUAAGUUACAGCUAAACUUGUGUUUAUUUAGGUUUUUCAAGCCGCUAAUAAUCCCAGUGUUUGAAUGGUUAAAAAAUAUCCAAAUAGGAUUUUCUUAGAGACUGAAUUUCUCUUCAGUUUUUCUCUUCUGAGCCUCUGAAAAGUCCUCUGAACAGUCUUUCACCUGAGGAGCUGCUUUAGGGGCUAAGAUGCCUCACAAAUAAACUAUUCAGCAUUUUUGUUUUCUUAAAUGUUCGCAGGAUUCUUUCACACAGACAAGCUUGUCUAGUCUUUACAGGUCCUGUGACCCCGUAGAAAAUGCAUUAAGACACGCUGGAGGGUGAAUCACGGGUACUUGUGGUGGAAAACGUGGCUUAUUUUCUAUUAUUUUUAUCAAUGAAGAGGGUGCAGAGGACUCUUAAGUCUCAGCGGUUAUCUUUUUCUGUCUCUUUUAACUUUAUCAAACAGUUACAGCGUUUGUCUGUAGCCAUCGUUUAAUUAGUUCAGAGCCUCUUAAGCUUUCCUUCCUGGGGAACUGGACAAUCUUGUUCAUUAGCAGAGGUAAACAAAGCUUCUAUACUCCCAGACCAGGUUAGAGGGUCCUGUGCGGUUCUCAUCCUCAGAGUAUACUCGAUAAAAACUCUUCGACAGUGUGAGGGUCUAUUCAGGACGGAGCCGGAAGAGCUCAAAGGCACAGAGAGUAGAAAGAGGAAGGAAGUAAUCCAGACAGAUGUUAUCUUUAAACAUCUGCAAUUAACAAGUCUUAUUAGACCUCCUGUCAUCUGAUAAAGGGGGACACUGAUUCGACUUCAAAGGUACUAUCUCUGAAGGGGACUUACAGGGGGCGUUAUUAGUGACCUAUCAUCAUCUAUUCUCUUUAUCAGACAUCGAUGAGUGCAGAGAGAAUCCUCAGAUCUGCGGCUCCCACGCCAUCUGCAACAACCAGCCCGGGACCUUCCGCUGCGAGUGCGAGGACGGUUAUCAGUUCGCCAGUGACGGGCAGACUUGUGUGGGUAAGUGGUGUGUGUGAGCAGUCAAAUACAAUUUAUUAAUGGGAGAUAAAAAACACAAAUGCCUAAUACUGAUUAAAGUAGAUUUUUCAACAAUUUAACAAAUAUGUAUUUUGUUGUCCUUGUUUUUGUUCGAUCCCAAGAAACAAAUAGUGUAAUUAAUUUAAGGAGAAUAAUUGAUUAUUUUUCCGGAACCUUGUAACUCGCUUUAUGAUCAUAGACUGAAUAAAAAAAUGUGAAUGUGUAUCAUAAUCAUUUUUAAGUACUUGGAGAUCAGUUAUGCAGCUCACAGUUGCUUUUUUAAAUGAGUAGUUAUCGAAUAAUGGGUUAAAGUGCAACGUCUAAAUUCCAUCUAAGAAUAUACAGAAUCUAGACGGUUGAAAUAAGGUCUGAAAAAAAAAACUAGAUGUCUCAUAGCCGUCUAUUGCUCAGUGGGCUUUUUCGUCUUUUUUUACUUCCCUCCUUCUUCUGUCAGGGUUUGUUUACUAUCUGGCUUCCAAAAUCAUUUACACCUUUUGACUUCUGGGUCACAGCCCAUCUUGCAAACAGGGGAGCUUACACAGACUGCUAAGGUCAGUUUGCACCAGGCUAAAAAAUUUGGACAUUUUAUCAUUGGGUUCUAUGGGGAUUUACUCAUCCUUGGAGACAGCCUCUAGUGGCCACUUGUGGCAUUGCAGUGGACCUGGAGGUUACAGCUUACAGACAAACAGCAGCUGGUAUAUUCAGCUUAGUGUAAAGACAGGAAUCAGCAAAUUUUGCUCUCUCUUCAGGUAAGUCAGUCAUUCGUUUGUACUGGUCAUAUAAACAAAAACCUUUGCGGUCAUGUGACGGUUUUAAAAUGUGAAUCUCUGCCCGGUCACACUGACAUGCUGAGGGUUAAAUCUUCAUCCCUUCUCAGUUGAAUAAAUAGAUGGUACUUUUCUGCUCUCCUUCUCAGAGGUUAGUCGGCCCGUGGACGCCUGUGAAGAAGGCACUCACACCUGUGACAUUCCUGAGCGCGCUCAGUGCAGCUACACGGGAGGCUCCUCCUACAUCUGCUCCUGUCUGCCAGGGUUCGUAGGAGACGGUCACGUCUGCCAAGGUACGACACACUGAUUUCAAAAUGAUGCUGCUGCUGAAAAUCUACUCUCAGUUUGUUUUCACAGACUUUAGUGAGUGUUUAAUUCACUAAUUCAAAUCCAGUUAAAACUGAUCCAUGUUUACAUGAGGCUGCUGAGAUGAUUUCCUCUGGGUUUGCAUGUCUGUGCCCAUUAAUUCGUAAUUGUUGAUGUUUAAAAUGUUGAGCCGACGUUUAAACUCAAAUAUUUAAGAGUUCAUCAUCCUCAUCCUCUUCUCCUCACUCAAACACUGACUUCUUAUUUCAGCACAUUACGGAUGUCCACUUAAAGCUUACUCUAGCUCGGUUGUGCGUCACAGGUUUUACAACUUUGUUUAGUCUAUCAAUGAUAAAUGUUUUAUCACCGCAUGAUUGAACAUUCACAGAGAAAUAAGUCCUUUUUUAUUAAACCUGUGGUGAGCAGCUAGAAUAAAUAAAGACCUAUACAGACAGAGAGAUUAGGUUAUUUAGAAAGGAUAAUUGAGAGAUCGUUUCAAUUUCAUAGAGACUCUUUAAAAGGUAAUGUUACAUAUGUGGUUGCCUUUUUUAUCUGUGUGUGACUUUAUUUCACAUCUUAAAAUCGACGAGAGAAGUAUGAAAUAUACAGAGAUAUCAGUAAAUACAGGACAAAGUAAAGAGGCGAAUACAAUUCAAAAAUUGAACAUUUUGAGAGCAAAUGUCAACAUCAUUAAGCGCUAACCUUUUGGACUUGUAUUCAACUUUAAUGUGGUGUUCUCGGCUCAUUCAUGUGGUGUCUGAGGUUAAUAUAGGGCUGGGCGAUAAACCGAAAAUUUACUGACACCAACAUUUAUGUCAAUAACCAAUGUCAUUUUGCCCAUGUCAAUAUAUUUGGUGUCAAAAACAUAAAUAAGUUAUCGUCAAUUUAUCGUUAUCGAGGUGAACUGCUCAAUAUAUCGGGAUACUGAUUUGAGGCCAUAUCACCCAGCCCUAGAUUAAUAGAAAACACCUUAAAGUUACUACCUCUAGUAGAAAAAUACAGAUUUACUCUGAAAUCUCUGACUUUUUUUGUUUAACACAUCUCUAUCACGGCUGUUCCUAACAUGCUGUGUAUAAAUUACAACUUUAGUAACUUUUAUCAAAUGUUUUCGUAAAUUAAUCACGAAUAACCUUUUCUUACCACAAGGUAUUAAUUUAUUAGAUAAAUAUUUUAACUAAAUCCAAAAAUAUUUUCUCAGUAAAUCAAACCUAUUGUUAAAUUCAGAUUAACUUUGUCCUGACAGAUCCUUCAGUCUUACUUUUGGCUCCCUCCUGCUUUUAUACUUGUUGGUGUUUGCAGAGAAAGCGUGAAAUCUGAGAUUUCGGGCUCCGAUGCCAAAAGUCGAGCAUUCAUGAGCGAUGGUGUCAGACAAUCAUCAUGGACGAGCAGAGGAAAGAAACUGGAAAAUUCCUCCUCCAAUCUCAAGUGUCAGUGUUGUUGCGUUAACAACCAGAGCUUUCCAAACAGCCUCUCCUUCAGCAUGUGACAUCCGCUGUAACUAAUGUCCGCCUGCACGCCGCGGUUCAGUCCAGCAUCAUAUGACAUGUUUGAAACAGUCGAGAGUUAUGUGAAGUAUUUCAAAACAUCAUGCAGAGAGGAAAAUCUUCAGGGUUUUCUUUUUAAGUCAAGAAAUCCAGAUUUUAAAUCCAUCACAGACUUCAGACUGUGAUUGUUAAACCAUCUGUUAGCAUGGGGGAGGUGAAGUCGCUUACAUAACACAUCUGUGGCUGCAGCGUGGGGAGCAGAUGGACUUUUCAUGUGUGGAGGUCCUGAGUCGGCGUGUAGUUUUUUUGGCAGAAUUCAUUCACAGAGAUCAAACAAAUUCAAAAGUCUCAGCGUGAGACUGAAGAUGAGUUGUCCGAUUUCUGUACUGUAGUCAUCCAUCUUAGUGAUAACUUCAUUUUAUCCCCUACAGUAAAGGACGCCGACUAUGCUCAACUCCACUCCUCAUGUAGGUGUCAGUUUGGGACACCUACAGAGUAGAUCUCAGGUUAUUUACUUUUAUACUGGUCUUCAUGAAAACCUUAAUUCCAACUUUGUUUUGGCCACUUUUCCAGUGAUAUGAAGUUAAACACAACCUGUGGGUGUUACUUUGUAUGCCUUUACAGAAAACAUAGUAGGGUUGACCUUUAGCACCCACGUUAUAUUUUCAUGAUGACUUAUUCUGGGCUCUCACCAAAUGGUUUUCACAGUCCCAGACUAAAAUCGUAAAGUCUUAAGUAAAUCUUGGAGUCACAGCGCGCUCCUGUCAUCUCGAUCAUUAAAUUCAAGCUGUUUUAUAUCAGUCUUUUACAAGUGUUGGGUUUGAUAUUAUUGCAAGUAGCAGUGAUGUAACACAACCAGUAACCAAUAGAUGAGCUCUAACAAAAGUGGAAAAGAAAACCCGACAGUCAAAACAAGAAGAACAAGAAUGAUUGAAGAAUUACCGGCGAUAAGAAAGGAGUGGAUGGUGGAGCUGUGGGUGGAUCGGCCUUGUCUAUUCGACAUCAACUGCAGGGUUUCCCCGACAUGUAAAGAUGCAACGCCACGGCUAAAUAAAAGCCGCCACACCUCAACAAUAACGUUUUUAUUCGCUACUUCAGACUCAGUAUGUAUCAGUAUAUGCGGCGCACACGAGCUGAUUCAAAGUUUAGAGUCUUUCCUGACCUCAGGGACAGUUUUCAGGUCUGGCUGAUCCAGGUCUCGGCUCAGAUCUCUGACCAUACACGGUCACGUUGAACAGACACAGAUGGUCCUGCAGCUCCGUCCUCUUUCUUCAAUCUCCUUCAUCUCUCUGCCUGCAGACAUCGACGAGUGCCAGCCGGGCCGGUGCCACCAGGACGCCGUGUGUUAUAACAACCAGGGAUCAUUUACCUGCCAGUGCAAACAGGGUUACCAUGGAGACGGGUUCUACUGCUCCACAGGUGAGUCUGCAGGAGUGCGAACCUGAGAUCCGAGUUUAACAGAGCAGCAUUGUCAGCAGACGUGAUUUUAAAUUCAAUCUGGAGCUCCAAUCGUCUGAUUUUCAUUUCUUUUGGAGAAGUCCAGACAGAUUUCUUUGAUUGAGCGGCAGACUCCUUAAUAGAAAAAUGAGACUCGGAUCUUUUUCAUUCCCUGCCUUAUGUGUUCGAACAGUUUGGACAAGUGUUUCAAAAUGAGCGCCUUGUAGAGCAGAUUGGUGCCAGCUGGAGCUGUUUUUUAUUUUGUUCUGAAUGGCAAGAGGAAUUUGUCUUGGUUUACAAGGGAUGAGGGAGUUCUUGUUUGGUUGAAUUGAAGCCAGAGGAAGAAAAAAAGACACAAACGAGCUUUAAUUAUAAGUUAUAACAAUGUGCAGGGUGUCUGUCUGACUCAGGAGUUUAUUUCUGCUUAACUCCUGCAGAAAGGACAAAAACACGAUGUGAGACUCACAGAGACAGCCUCCUCGGUCGGACGGACUUCGGCCCUCGUGGCCCUCGUCCUCCUGUCGGACAGUACAUCCCCACAUGUGACGACAAUGGAGAGUAUGAACCCAUGCAGUGUCACGGUAGUACGGGACACUGCUGGUGUGUGGACAGAAGUGGACAGGAGAUCCCCGGGACUCGCUCUGGACCGGGAAGCAGACCAAUGUGUGAGUAAAUCAAAGGGUUUCACAGAGAAACAAGAGAUCACCGAGCACAGGUGUUAUUAGGACCCUGUCAGGCACAGAGGUGGUACAGAAGUUGGCUGUGCCCCAGACCAACAAAAACCUGGUGUAAAGUUUAACGCCCAUAGUGCAGUAAAUACCUUCACAACAUGCAUCCUUUGCUUUUUACACACAGAGACAUGCAGCAGGGAGCCAACUCUUGAGUGGUUUUACUCACAAACAUCCAGAGUGAAUCUGCAUUUAUAGCAGGACAGAAGGUUUUGGGACAUGAGUGUUUUUCCUCUGUCUCCAUACAUGGUGAUAAAUCUUUUAGUAUGGUGCAAAUCCAGGGAUGCCAGAAGACGAGAACACCAUCACCACUCCUUCCUCGUAUCCCAAUUUCACCUCAGUCCUGCAGGGGCCAAGAACGACAGCCUAAGACAUCACUGAGCUCUCAAAAUAUUUCUUUCAGCUACUUUCAUUCACAAAUAACAGAUUUUAUACUCUGAUGAGGCAGAAACCCGGUUAAUUUUUUGGAUGUCUCUGUAAUGGCCCAUCAGGUUUGAUAAGUGGCCCAGGCCGCUCCUCCAGUCAGCCUCCUGCAGGGUUCCUACGCAAGUACGGAAAUAAAUUUGAUCUAUUACCAGGUCUGAAAAAGUAUGGAAAAUGAAAAAUAGUAUGAAGUAUGAAGAAAUAUUUUUGUUUCCAGACUAUUACCACAAUUCUAAAAUACUGUUUUCUGAAAUAGAAAAGUAGGUAUUUUCAAAAAUAAUUCUAAAAGGUAUGAAAAAGAAUAGAAAUUCCAACUGUGUAGGACCCCAGCCCCUGAUUCUCUGUUGUUUACCUCUCUUAGGUAUCGACCACGGUGGAGUGCCGCCUCCCGUUCGCCCCACUCCUCGACCUGACGUCCACCCCCUCCCUCCAGGAACACACCUGCUGUUCGCUCAGAGCGGCAGGAUAGAGCACGUCCCGCUGGAUGGUCACGAUAUGAAAAAGAGUGACGCCAAGGCUCUCCUCCAUCUUCCCGUGAGUCUAAAAAACCAAUGAAGGUCUUGGUGGUUCAUGCGCCCUCGAGUCUAUUGGAUGUAUUGUUUAGUAUUUAGCAUUGUCCCUUUGAUGACUGGUUUCAGACGGUCUAUAAAUGCAGGGAUAAUGCUUUCAGUGUCUGUUUUUUAAAAAUACUCGAGAUAGACUCCAGACCAAAAUAAUAGGAAGACCCAUAGGAAUCAAUUCAUCUUAAUUUAUGUGGCGCCAAUUUAUCUCAAGACACUCAAAGGUCUGAAAGGACUCCAGUUGCCUCCUUAAAAACACAUAUAAGUAAAUAAACAGAUGAUGACUGUUGCGUCCAAAGGAAAGUAGUUUCCUUAUGGAUGGAUAGAGAGAGAAAACAGUCAUGGAGGUACAUUUUGGACCGGUUUAUUGGGGGUUUUGCUGGAAAAACUGAUAUUACAGAUAUUCCCGUAGAAAUGGAGGGACUUGGGUUGAUCGAGCUGUGAGGGUGCAAACCUUAAUCCAGCCUGAAUCCAGCUUAAUCCUGAUGUUUUGGAUCAACAUGAAUUGGAGCUUUGAAAAGAUUAGAUUUCUCGAUCUAAUCUGAUCAUGUAACCCUUUUUUUUCCUUUUGAUUCCCAAAAUAAGAUUUAAUCUGAUCUCUUUUAUUCCUUUACAUUAAUUUUGAAUAAAUGGAAACUGAAGACCUGAGAGCAGUUUGAGGAGAUAUAUGUCGAAGAUUAUUUACAUUUGGUCAAUAAGUAUUGGCUAACGCUCUUGGGCCCUCUCAGAGUUUAAUACCUCUGCAGGGUCUCUUAAAAGCAGCUACUUUACUGGAUUCAUGCGAGGUCAGUCAGACAGUCGGACUGAAUGUUUGAUCAUUCAGAAAACAUUCGGGAAAAGCUGCAGCCUCUUACAAGAGUGUCUCUCCUUCUUUGUAAAGACACAAUCUCUGCACUCUCGCUCAGCUUUUUCCCAUCUGUGCCCUUUAUUAGAGGCACAUGGUGACAUUCAGGCUAAUUACUAACAUCCGUCUGAAAUCUUUGGAAUUGCAAUCUCCACGUCUUUCUGCGCUGAUAUCCAAAGCAGCUGCUCUGAAGUCGCUCAGUCGCUCUGUUUUGUUUAGAUUUAUGUCUAGACGUUAAUGUCAGAAAACACAUCUGCUGCAUGUUUUUUAUCUCCGACCACAGCGCACUUCAAAGAUUGUUGGUUUCUGACCUCUCUGCAGGAGAAGGUAGUCAUUGGAGUGGCCUAUGACUGUGUGGAGAAGAUGGUGUACUGGACAGAAAUCACGUCCCCCUCUAUCAGCAAGGCCAGCAUUCAGGGGGGAGAGCCCACCGCCGUCAUUCAAUCAGGUAUCAGCGCUGUUGCUCUUAUCCGUGAAUUCCAAGAACUCCUUUUUCUUCUCAGCAGAUGUACACCCUAUUUGGCUUUGCUCCCGAACAUUGCUUCAUCUAAGCAGCUGCAACGUUAUCCUUUGGGGCAAUUAGACAUCCGGACCCUCCACUAACCAAAACACACACUCAACUUACUGAUAAAACGCCAAAUUUUGAGUUUUUGAGUGAAAAUAUUCUGAACUUCAUUUUCUUUAACAUGAUUUCACCUAUUUAAGGGUCACACAGCAGAGAAACUAAAGACUUCAUUUCUCCGUAGAUUUGAACAGUCCUGAGGGGAUCGCUGUCGACCAUCUAGGACGGACGCUGUUUUGGACAGACUCUAUGAAGGACUGUAUCGAGGUGGCCUCUCUGGAUGGGACAAAGCGCAGAGUCAUUGUUGACACUGAUCUUGUCAACCCACGAGCCAUCAUCACAGACCCUCCAAACGGGUGUGUACAUCUCCAUAAUAUUGAAUUUAACUGAUCUGAUAAAUAUCUUUACAUACUGUGAGGAAUACACCGACGACUGACGAACUUUUUAAACUAAGUCACCCCCUCUUGGAUGUGUAACUGUAAAUAAUGCGAAGACAUCAUAUCAAAAGUUUAAACUGAAAAGCUCUUUUUUUUUUUAUACCAGUCACAGGUAUUUAAAAAAGUUUGGACAGAUAUGACAGAAACCGUUCUGCAGCAUCACCUCCUCUUUUAAAAACUCUGUUUUUCAGUGGGUGACAAUUCAGGACCACAUCAGUCCAGUUUCUUAACAGGACUCUUCUCCUACAGAGCUGUGCUGUUUAGGGGUAUCCCGAUACAACAUUUUUACUUACGAUACGAUACUGAUGUAGUAGCCUUCAGUAUCGGCUGAUACCGAUAUUGAUCUGAUAUUGACACAAACUUGUACAUGACAGGUUUUCACUCAGCUGCAACGUCUUUUUUGGAGUCAAAAAAAAAAAACGCCACACGGUCGACAUCCCUCCUACUCCUUGGUACUUUGUUUGUACCUUAGUACACACUGUUGUUGUGAUCAUGUGGGCUCUGCAUGCUGCUAUAUAGAGUUGCCGGAGUGGAGUCUGGAAUAGACUGCUUGUAUCGGAGUGCUGAUAUCUGAGAUUUAAGAUGCAGGCCGAUAUAAUCUGAUAUUUGUUUUUCGGCCGAUAUCGGACCGAUAUCUGAUAUCAAUAUCGUUUCGUAUCGGGACAGCCCAAACGCAGUUGUAAUCCCUGUUUUAGAAUGUGGUUUGGGAUCAUAUGAAGGUCUUCCCUGAUAAACUCCUUGUCUGGAUGGCAGCAGAUGUUGCUCCUAAACCUGGAGAUACUGGAGUCUUCACAGAUGUUGUCCAUAUCAUGGGCCCUCCUCUUUUUAGAGUCGCGGCCAUGUCUUCCAUGACUUGCAGGAAGACUGUCAAAUUCUGAUCGGUCAGACCACAUGUCAGUUUACUGCUUCACUGUAGUCCAUCUUACAUGGGCUCAGCAGGGCUCACAAAUAGUGGAUUUUAACAGUGAUUUCCACUUCAGAAUCUUGUUUGUUUAAAGUGUUACACCUCCUUAAGAGCUGAUGAUCACAUCCAUCCAGUCCUGGUUUCCAGCCCUGUCCUUUUUUUCUACAGAUUUUUCCAGACUCUCUGAAUCAUUUAAUGAUUUAAUAUACUGUACAUAAUAAAAUCCCCAAAUAUUUGGCAGUUUUAUACUGAGGAACAUUGUUCUGGAAUAGUUGAUCUCAUUCAGAGUCUCUGGUGAACCUUUUUUCCAUCUGUACUUUUGAGGGACUCUUCCUCUGUGGUGCUUUUUUCCUUUAAAACCAGGUUUUCAUGUUUUGCAAUCGACAGAAUGUGUUUUUGUUAACAUGUUACACGGCGUCCAAACCUCUUUGGAGUUGGGGUUGUAAUUUUUUGUAAUAAGAUCAGAAACAUCUGUGUGGUAGUUAUGAACAAUGCUUACGGUUCAAGUUUCUCUGCAAGUAUUUUCAGUGUUUUUCUGUAGAAACCAUCUGAUAAGAUGUUUGUGAAAUGAACCGUUCCUCUGUGUGUUUGUGUUUAUUGCUUUUGUUGCUGAUAACUGAGGAUUUGGAUACCUUUUUACCAAACCACAUGAGCUGUUUACUCCAACUGAGUGAAUCAGCUGUUGACUUUAUACUCUCAGCACAGGAGCGUUUCAGCACUAGUCUUUAAAUGUGACACUUUGCUCAAAAGUCUUAAUAAAAAAAAUAAUACAUCUUGAUUUGAGGACAAACUCACUUAAAAUCUGCCUUUAUGACAGAAAUCUUUACUGGACCGACUGGAACCGUGACGCUCCAAAGAUCGAGACAUCGUACAUGGACGGGUCCAACAGACGAGUUCUGGUGACAGACAACCUGGGCCUGCCAAACGGGCUGACGUUCGACUCUCAGAGCUCUCUGCUCUGCUGGGCAGAUGCAGGUAUGUUAGAUAUCAGACAGGUGAGUCAUCUCUGUGAUACUGUCUACCCUGUGAUCAGUGAUGAGUGUAAUCUGUCGCCUGCAGGCACACAUAAACUGGAGUGUAUGCAUCCAAGCCACGGCGACCGCAGGCAGGUGAUGGAGGGGAUUCAGUACCCGUUUGGGAUCACCUCGUUUGGGAAGAACAUCUACUACACCGACUGGAGGAGGUUUGACUUAUGAUAUAAACCCAAAUAUUUAAAGUUUGAACCAGGAUGUAAAUGUGUGUUUGUGUUUGCUCUAAAAUAGACUUUAUCGGCCUCGUGUAUAUCUCGUGAAUAUAUAUAUUCUGAUGUCUCAAGUGGACACUAUUGGAACUGCAGUUUUUAGCACUUAAGCUUUGAUGCUCUUGUUUUGGUCUCAGUUAAUGAGGUCUUCACCAAAAGACUAUAAAGCUGGCUUAAAGGGUUUUAGCAGGAGUCUGGGUACCUCCAUUUAAUGUAGAUUACAAUAUUUUGUAUUGUAAAGCAUCACGGAUGUAAAACGGACUCGUAGUGUCAUUGGAGAGUGCAGAUCUGUCAAAGUAGAGGGAAAAGAGGGAGGGUCAAAGGUCAAAGAGCUCCCCGCUCUUCAGGCACGAGCCCUUGAUGUUCCUUCGAACUCUGAACACUGUGGAGCUUUCUUCCCAUGCAGCCGAUCCUGGAUGUUAGUCUCUGCGGGAGUGUGGGGGUUGGUGUGUGUGUGUGUACAUGUGUGUGUGUGUGUUGGCAAGGAAGCAUCUCAAAAAGUGGCAGCUGCUUGCAAUUUCUCAUCCCCCCUCUCUUGUCUGCGAGUGACCUGCCGGGCCUCCCUCUGAUCUUUUCUUGCAGGAGAAGGUUGAGAGGUGGAGGUGGGGGAGGCACACAAACUAUUCCAGUUAUGGCGAAGAAACCCCCUCAACCAGACCUGGACCCUUACUCACUCUUGACUUAACUUUACACAAAACACAAGGAGGCGGGACGCUGACAUUUCUCAAGCUUAACUCUGCCUGUGUUUAUACCAGGGACGCUGUGGUCACUGUGGACCGCUACGCCGGCAGGGAGUCUGACGAGUUCCAGCCUCAGAAACGGACCAAACUAUACGGGAUCGCCACGGCUCUCGCCCAGUGUCCUUCAGGUAAAACUCAGGGCCCUCAAGUGUCAGCUUCUAAAUGUGGGUGAUUAGUCUUCAGCUUACAGUUGUCACUACAGCAGAUUUUCACCUCACAACUCUCACGGCCAUGAAGCUUCAUAACAAUAAUAAUAUCACCAUAUUAAUGGAAAACAUGAGCGUAAACCAACACAAUCAGUUCAACUGAGGACUGUGAAAUUUGUACCUCAUUGUUCAUGAAUUUACUCCACACUGAAAUGGAAAGACUUUCCCUCUCCAUCUGGUUCAUCAUGUACAGUAUGUGGACUGAACUUAAGGGAUAUUCCGGCGUAAAAUUAAGUUAGGGUCAAACACACCGUAACACCGAGUUAGACACCCCCUCGGGCGAUGAAUGUUGCCGACCGCUUGCUUCUCUAGUUAUACCAACUUCAGUAACGACCGCAGGAUAGAAAUACAGAGAGUCACGCUCUCAACCAAACGCCACUUUAUAGUCACAAAUAAUGCUCAGAACAGCACCUAACUUCUUAACUGCAUUUAUCAGUAAAAUAUUUAUUGUAAAAUAGGUAAGUAGUUUUACGGGAAAAUGCAAAGGAAAAAAGAGAAAAAUUCUCAUAGUACUUGUUGAUUUCUUUUCUAUGCUCCAUUUGUUUAAAAAAGACAGUGCUGUUUUUUCUGGCCUGGGGUCUGCUCUGUAAUGUAUGUAAGUCUCCCUGAAACAUCAGAACAGCCCCAUUCCUAGAAACCUCCUGACACUAACAUAUUUGAGGCCUACCUCUGAGUCAGGCUUAUUACACAUUCCCUCUACUCUUCAGGGCCAAGAAGGGAUGUUUUACAAUCUUUGCACCCUUUUUUUUUUAAAGACGUGAGAGUUCAAACUGUGAAGAAGAAGAAGAAGAACACCAGGUUGAUUUCUUGACCUGAAACCAACAGGAGGAACUCUGCAGCAAACAUUCACUGUUGAGUAAUUGUUAUUCCUGCUCAGCACCAUCAUCCUCCCUCAAGAUAAGACUGUACGGGUACAGCCAGGGAAUGUGGAGCUGAGGGAGCGGGGCCUCCAACAUCUGGAGUUAGCUAUGUGUUUACAUCCUUAAGUCUGUUAUAUCUGCUGAACAAACAGUGAAGAGACAUUUUCCUGCUGCUUCGGUGGCUCAUGACUUAUACCGCUGUCCUGGAAUGUCCCCAGUUACUCAUCGUAUGUUUUCUUCAUCCCACCAGGACAAAACUACUGUGCCGUCAACAAUGGCGGCUGCACCCACCUCUGCUUAGCGACCCCUACUGGACGCUCCUGCAAAUGCCCCGACAACGCAGUAGGCGUGGGCUGCGUGGAGAGAAACGGCGGGUACUAAAAGACGGCAGCUGCUCUCUGAGAGUCGACACUGUGUGGAUGUUUGACGGCAAAUUAAGAGCUACUAGCAUUAUUAAACUGUUCGUCAUAUUUACUAGGCGGCCAUUUUUCUCUGACGUUAAUCUACACCUGGGAAACUCACGUGCCUUAAAGUAUAAGACAGCUGUGUGAAAGUGUUUCUGUGUGAAGAACCUGACAAAUGAUCACAGUAUCAGCGCUUUCUUAGUGUUUGGCAACUUAAAAACAGUCAUUAAUGCAGAGCUGCCAAGCGUCACAGUCACGCAAUUUGACCCCUUCUCACACCACACACCACACUUGACAUCUCUCAUGCUUAUUUCCCCAUUAAAUACUCUGUAUUUAUUUUUUUCAUGAUAAUAAACUUGGCUUGCCGUAGUUUGAGUAACUCUGAUUGACUGACCGAGAUAACCAAUCCCAGACCAAUCCAUUAGGCCUUGGUGCCGAAAUCUAACCAACCACGGAAGGCACCACGCAAUAUAAACCAAUCAGAAGCAACAUAAGGUGGGUCUUGGCGUCUGUAACUAUCUUUAACACACAACAGCGCAGAUAUUUAAAACCCACUCAACGCUCUCCUGAAGACAAACGGUAGGUAAAGACUAGCAUUAGGGAGAGCAGCUGACAUGGAGGUGAGGACAUCAGUCUUAAGUUAUAAAUCGACGAUAAAAAAGGCCAAUUUUUUUCACCACAUCAUUACGCUAAAGUCUCACUCGUCAUUUACUGAAACUUGGCAGCCCCGUUAAUAUUAAACACAGGCUAGCUUUUUGACGGUUUGCUUGUGUUGUACAAAAGUACAUGAAAGGUCAAAAUUCGAAGUCAGUGUUAAUGGUUGCUAAUAAAGGGCUGAAUGCUGACAAAACAAUCUAUUGGUGUCGCACAGAAGAUGUCACUUACAAGCUAACUAUAGUUGGCUACAGGCUGAGAACUACACCCUUGUUACAGGAGGGAUAUUAGCAUUUCUAAGCUGAACUAGUUUAAAUGUUAGCAUCAAUGUGGCAGGGUUUUAGCAUAACUAUUUGAUAAAAGAGGUUGUAGCUGGGUCUGUUGUUUUACCUUGAAAACGCCUUCUCAGCUAGCUUCCAGAAUGUUUACCCGGAUUUCCCGCCUUUAGCGUAACGUCAUAAUAAAAUGGCCGCCGUGUGAAUACGGCUGAUAGGUGCUGAAAACGCCGCUGGAACCCGGAGGCGGACUUCCUGUGCCUCCAACUGCUCAGUGUUAUUCUUAUCUACAUUUAUAAAGUCACAACUGCCUUUGAGAACUGUAAAUAUAAACACUAUAUAUUUGUCAUUUUCCUGAGUGCACAUAAAACGGAGAAAGAGCUCAAGGGAUCCAUUAUUUAAUGUGAAAUUCGUCACUGUAAUGCAUGAUAUUAUUUCUCGUCAGUUGUAUUAAAACGCGGCAUGUUCGGAUCGUUUAUUUCAUGGAAAUGUUACUGUAGAGUUUUGUGAAAUCUGGGGGAAAGAGUUUACAUGCUGGGCAACAAAGAAGAAGAAACGUUUUUUAACAA